AUUACCCGAAGUCGCGAGAUUUUCAUGUCUUUGGUUUGAUCCUUGCCUGCUUGCAACGCCUGGCGCCUGCAUAUGGCCGGGCAUUGAUUGAUUAGUUGUUUAUCAGGGUUUUAUCUAAAGCUAUACUUGUAUUAUUUGAUGUUUUUCAAUUGAUUGUUCACUUGUACAUUAUAAGAGUUGUCGUGCUAUCGGCUGUUAACUAGAGCCUAGUAUUAGCUAUGUUUUGAUAUUCACCGAGCGAUUCUUCAGUAACUCUUUCAAGAUGAUGCUAACGAUUCAUGGAUUUCCUACGAGUACUAAGUAUCAAGAUGUUAAGUUGUUGAUAAAAGGGGAGUGCAAUAUCAGCGACUUCAUUCUUGACAAUUUGUUGAAUGACAACGAAGGCUCCAAGAAAGUGAGGGUAGGCCUGGCUGACAAUGCUGAGGGAUACAAGGUUAUGAAAUGUCUCGACGGCUAUCGGAUUCAGGGGAACCAUGUUCUGAAGGUGGUCCCAGUUGGAAAAACCGCUCCAGCACCACCGCAACCAAACUCCUAUGACCCUAGAUCUGGUUACUCAAACACACCCCGCAAUGAAUUUUCAAACCAAUCCAGAAAUGACUACAUUAGCAUAAAUCCAUCAAAUGAUUAUGUUAAUAAGGUACCUCAUGGCCACCCUGGGCCUCAUAGCCAAGGGGCACCUGUCGCUCCUGUUGGCUCUAGGUACUAUAGUUUAGGGGAUUCAUAUGGUCAAGGAACCUCAGGACCUCCUAGAGGACAACAUGGGCAACCUAGUGCUCAAGAUAGCAUGGGAAGACCAUCACCAUGGGCAUCAAGCGGAAAUAGCACUAACCAGUGGAGUGAUAACCAGCCGAUGGCCGCUCAGAUACCGCAAAACACAUUCAGUUACAAUUCUCAGCCUCAAAAUGUGAAUUCGUCAUUUGUCCCACAGCAGCAUCAGCCAAACCCUGGUCCAUCAAGACCUGAUGUCCGAGGCUUCAACCAAGACAGAAGUGCACCGGGCCCAGCAGGGUUCCAACCCAAAAAUAUGGCACCAGUACCGCCGACAAGACCGACAGAUUCCCGGUCCCGCGCUCUUAGAAGCAUCGAGACGGUCGAGAUGGGCGGAGGUCACCCCCCGGACCACGGCCGUUAUCCCGGCAACCAGCCGUUCCAGCAAGACAAACCGUUGACUAUCAAGAAGGACAACUUCCAGGGACCGACGGUGUACAAUAUCAACAAUCCGGGUCAUACCGGUAUUCACCCGGGCGACGUCGGCCGCUCGCCGCCCUACCAGUCCCAAGCUACGCCGUCACCGUGGCAAUCUCAGGGACAGCAACCAAAACAACAAUUUCCAAAAUCAAGCCCAUUGCCUUACGACAAACAAUAUGACGAUAGAAAAUACAUAGAUUCAGACAAUAGGGACCCCAAGAUGCAGGGACCAAGAAGUGACCCAGCCCCAGAUAGGGCUUAUAAGGAUUAUGACAAACGACGCGGGUUUUCACCAAGAAGGUCGCCUCAUAGAAGGCGUGGAUCAGCUGACAGGAGAAUUUCCCCUUCGGGUAGGAGACUAUCCCCGUCAAGAGUUUCUCCGGCUAGACGGGGUUCUCCGCCUGGAAAGCGAGUAUCCCCACUUGGGAGAAGAGUAUCCCCACCGGGGAGGCGAGUUUCCCCGCCUGGGCGACGGGUUUCCCCGCCAGGCAGGAGAGUUUCCCCGUCGGCGAGACGAGUUUCGCCAAAUGGCAGAAGAAUUAUGUCUCCUGGAAGAAGAAUCUCACCAUCAGGUCGACGGCCGGUGUCUCCCAGAAGGAGAGGAUCCCCUGACAGGCGUAUGCAGGGUAACCACCCGGGUCGUCGGCCCUCGCCACACAAGCGCAUGUCCCCUAACAGACGUCUCGUGUCCCCGAGAACCUCGCCCGGCCGCCGCAACUCGCCGCACAGGCAGCCUGCCAGGUACUCGCCAGAACACUCGGACAAGUACGGUCAAGAUAAGCUGAAGCACGUUCGUCCUGCCUACGAGCCCUCAGCACAUGCACAAAUCCAAGCUAAGUACUCGGGUGGUUACCGCCCAAACGUCCACGAGAGUGUUCAGUAUCCCAUGCAAGGGGUAAGACAGGUUGAGCAGAGGAGUUCUCCUUGGCAGAGGGAGGCGGACGAUGCGCCGAGCUCCAUGAAGCAAGAAGAUGACAGGCCAAGGAUGCCGAUAGGAAGACGUCAAAUGUCUGACCUACCAGUUGACACGCCCCGCAACCACUCGCCGCCAAGAAAAUCUCGCUCGCCUCUACGUCACGACAGGGGCUCAUACAGGGACAAUUACAAGAGGAUUUCUCCGUCGACGCAUUCAUCGCGCUCUCCGAGCCGCUCUUGGGCAGUGGAGAAACGCCGCAGCCCGGAGAUCCGCGACGCCCCGCCGCCGCCCAGCUGGCCUGAACAAAACCUACGUGACAACGACUACUCAAGGCCAAGUCGCUCCAAUUUUCCUGAUCGAGAUCAAAAUAUUAAAGACAAAAAUGUACCAGUUUGGGAAAGGCCGAUCGAAAAAGAUAUGGACCCUCGCGUCAGACGUAUUGAAAACCAUGAACGAAGAUCAUUCAACGAUGAGAAGAUUCGUGCUGCUAAAGUGUUGGCCGAACGAGAUCUAUUGCCGCAUCCAAGUCAUUUAGAUAAACAGCGGGAACCCAAGUUUGCUACGCGGGAGUAUCCGGAUACCGAGCGUCGUGACAACUACCGGCGACGUGACGAAUCGCCUGAUCGCAAAAUUAACUUACACAGAGAAGACUACGAAUCAGCUCGAAGACCACGAGACCAUGAGGAACGACAGCAUCUCGACGAUAUGCGUCGCAGAAGAGAACCAUCACCCCGCCACGACAGCAGGAAAGAUGACAUCCCUAAUCCGAACAUGGAUAAAGACUUCGAAGACAUCUACAACAGAGCUUUGCAGUUCAAAAAGAAGGCGGAAGAGUUACGCAGAUUAGGUUCCAAAAAGAGGGACGACUUUUUAGAGGAUGAAGUUAGCAGAAGCCAUCAUAGCGAGAGGGAACGCGAAGAUAAUAGAUCUCAGCGUUACGAUGAUCGUCACAGGUAUCCUGAAGAUGAUCAACUGCGGCAGCGUGAAGAUCGGCGUGACGUCAGACCUCGUCUCGAGCCGCGCUCGGACGACGCACAACGACGCGACUUCAGGCGCGAGGAUGGUCCACAACCCAGCGAUAGAGACCGGAACGCACGCCUCAACAUUAGAGCCAAACGAGAGAAAGCCGUCGAAGAAAUCACCAGCAAAAUAAUCAACAGAUAUGAAUACUACAGGAAUAUGAAGGGCGAGCAAAAGACCCGCGUUCAAGAGGAACUUUCUCUUGCGAUCGGGCGCAUUAUACACGACAUGUUCGGUGAUAAUGAUGUAUCCUUCAUAGAGAUCAUUAUCAAGUAUCAAGCAAAGUACAGAGAAAAAGAUGAGCAGAAAAUAUUGCAAGAUGUUAUGGCUUCACUGCCCAGCCAAUUCAGAAGUAUUAAACGAAAGGCUUCAGAACCUACGGAGACCCUUAGCAAGACCGCGAGGCGUUCUCAAAGCCCCCAGUUAAAACAAGAACCCGCUCCGCGACCAAAAUUGAGCGACUCCAACUGGACUUUGAAUAUAAUGCCGCCGGAGGUGGUAUCUUUGCCGAUUGUCGAGGUUCCGCCAGGUAUCCCACAGCCGCUGCCGGGCAUGCCGCCGCCCAUGCAGCACGCCAUGCCGGGCCCCAUGCCGCCCCUCAUGAACCCAGCCAUGGUGCCCAUGAUGGUGCCCGCGCCCUACAUGCACCCAUACGAGGCCAUGCCGCAGCCCUUGUUCGCCCCCGAGCCAGUCAAUUUCCAGCAGCCGUUCCCCGAAAAACCCGACACUGAAGAAUGCUACAAGCUCUACUUGUGUAAAGACGAUUUCAAUCAGAUUACAGAUGUCCAAGCAGACCUCCUCAAGGACUUCAUUAUUACUAGAAUGUUCUCCGAGACCGCGCAGUCGCAGGGGUGGGCGCCAGACUUCACCCUCAAAGGUUUGCAGAGCCAGCACAGGUAUGAGUUGCUUACCAAAGACGACAGUUCCAGAGACUGGCUCGUCAACUUAGAUUUUAGUGAGUUCACACAUUUCAACGUGUUGGUGUACACGAAGGAAGAGUUGUGGUACGAGCGGGCUGCCAUCUGGUUGCCUGGACACUCUAAGAUAGCCAGGUCCAACCGCAGCUUGGUUGGCCCUCUGAUCAAUCUGAAGCUACAAAAUCGCCAAGUGGACGGUAUCAAUAUUGAAAAGUGGAAGUUCGUUAAAAAAAUUGUUACUCGAAAAGGAACUAGAUUGUAUGUCGACAUGCCGCCGUCUUCCGCGCGAACACUUGAAAAGCAAAAAAUUAUGCUGAGUUAUGAUCUGCAAAAAGUGAAUGUGUUUCUGAAGGCUGUCGCUGUUGACAAGGACGCCUUCGAUGCCGGUUUGAAGGAGCCCUCGGUGGAAGACCCCAACGAGAUCGCAGCAGCGAUACACAACUCACCGAUGCCUGCUCUGACUUACGACCCGGCCAUGGUUAAAAUCACUCUAUCCGGCUGCAAAACUCUAACACUUACGCAUGCACGUAAGAUCAAGGAAGUUAUAAGUUACCAUUUAUUUAAAUAUCUGAAAAACGACGGCACUUCCAGGACCGACUUUUUGAAGUAUGGUUUCUAUCCGCCAAACUAUUUUGGAAUAAUACCAGAAAACGACGAAUCUAAAAAAUGGUUAUACACUCAAAACUUUGGUAAAAUUAAUCGUCUCUCCAUAGUUGUUCUGGGCGGUGACGAGAAUAACAUUCCUUACUUUAGAAUGUCGGUUACCGUUCCGAACAAGACUCAGGCGGUUCAAACACAUCUGUUGUUAAUCACGGAGAGGCUGAAAGCAAGCAAUCAGGGAGUAAAGGGCAUCAACUUCAACCUAUGGAAGCCUAUUAAAAUUGUGCCCGAGUGGAAGAAGUGUAGGUACGAAGUAGAUAUAGAUAUAGACUCUUUGGAAACGCUGUCCAAAAUGAAGUAUCAGUUAGAUUUCGUCGAUCAUUUGACGACGCAUACGGUGUAUUUUAAGUCUGAGCAUUCCGAGGCAAAACUGGAAGAGAUUCUGUCUAAGUAUAAGUCUGAGAUGACUGAUAGCUAUGACGUGGCUAACAUGGAACUGGACACCGAUUCUGAUGAGGACAUCAUUUGUUUAGAUUAAGUUUGGUCGAAGUUUGUUUUAGUUUUUUUCGUUUAUUCGUACUUGAGUUAUGUCUUUCGUAUGUAUUAUUAUAUAUAGGUUGGUUUUUGUGUAUCUUUAAUUGUAUUUAAAGGAGUUUAAAUAUUUGAGUCACAAUUAAACUAAGUUUGUGGAGCUGUAUGGACUUUCUGGGUGCUCGCUGAUGUUUGAUAAAAUUGCGAACGCUUGCUGUAGCGUAGAAUGAGUAGCGUUGGGUUAACAUGUAAACAUGCCUUAAGGAUAAGCUAUUGAUGACAUGAUCAAAUUUUAUUU